CAAAAUUGUCAUCCGAACAAGUGAAGGCCCUCAAGAUUGAUAAAAGGCGAGGACCAUCUUGCAGAAGGUCAUGAACAGAAGAGACUGAGGCGACUUAUGGUGGUUGACAUGCCGGACUUCGGGGACACUUGCCUCAGUGAGGAGCAGAUUUAGACAGAAAUGGCUAAGUGUCUGUCUUUCUGUGCUCCUUGGCCGCACGCUUUUCUCUUGGUGGUGCCGAUUGGUCGUUAUACAGAGGAUGCGGACCAGGCUAUUCACAAUCUGGCCAAAAUAUUUGGAGAUGAUGCCGUCAAAUACCACACAGUGGUUCUUUUUACCAGGAGGGAUGAACUUCAAGGCAUGAAGUUCGACGAAUAUGUGAGAGAUUCUCCUGCUGCACUUAGGAAUCUCAUUGACAAGUGCGGAGGGAGGUACCAAGUGUUCAACAAUCUUCAAAACUCCAAUAAUCCGGUGCAGGUUCAAGAACUCCUAAGUAAGGUGGACAGAAUGGCCAUUCUCAAUCUGGCCAAAAUAUUUGGAGAUGAUGCCGUCAAAUACCACACAGUGGUUCUUUUUACUAGGGAGCGGGGGGAUGAACUUCAAGGCAUAGAGUUCGACGAAUACGUGGGAGAUUCUCCUGCUGCACUUAGGAAUCUCAUUGACAAGUGCGGAGGCAGGUACCAAGUGUUCAACAAUCUUCAAAAGUCCAAUAAUCCGGCACAGGUUUAAGAACUCCUAAGUAAGGCGGACAGCAUGGUGAAGCAGAGUAAAAGCGGGUUUUAUAGCAACACUAUGUUCGAAGAGGCCGAGGCUAUCCGGGAAGAGCAGAGAAGGAUAAUGUUGGAGAUCAAGCGCAGGGGAAGCAGCGGAGCAAACGAGGGAAGAGGCCGUUCGCUCGUCAUAGGUGCUGGAGACGUGGCGACUGGCGUCAUCAGACUGACAGUUGGAAUUGCCUUUGGCGUAAGUCUGACCUCGGCAGUGGCCGCAGCGGUCUCAGGAAAGACCGCUGUGGCUCUGGGGGCAGCAAUUGGUGGUGCCAUCGGAGUCGUUGCUGGUUCAGAGGCAAAGAGUUUCAAGGAGGGAGAAUCCGAUACUAUUGAACUGGUUGUUCAUGUCGGAGGUUUGGCUCUUCAGGCUUCCUUAGGUGUGGGGGCUUGCUUGGGGCCAGGGGCGCCCCCCCCAGUUGGAACUUUAGCUGCGGAAACGGGGCAGCAAUAG